AUGAUUUUAAAAAAAAAUCUAGAAAAAAAUCUAAAAGAAUUUGAAACGAGAAUUAAGGAUUUAGAGCAAAGACAAAAGAAUGCAGAUGAAGAAAAUCAAUUGCUAUGUAAUGAAAUAGGAAUUAAGGAUUUAAAUGAUUUAAAAAAAUUACUAGUAGGACGAAAAAUCACUGAAAUAUUAGAUGAACUAGAUGACCGCAAACUAGCCACUCAGAAUUUAAAUUUUGAUUUAACAAAAAAAACUGAAGAAGUAUCUACGUUAAUUAAUCAAUUUAAAUAUUUCCAAGAGACUAUUAAUAAUUUAGAAAAAAAGGUUGGAGAACGGGAAGAAGAAGCAAGAGCCUACCGAGAGACUAUUAAUAAUUUAGUAAAAAAGACUAUUAAUGAUUCAGAUAAUUUAGAACAAAUGCUUAGAGAACGGAUAGAAGAAAUAAGAGCAUACCGAAAGACUAUUAAUGAUUCAGAACAAAAGGUUAGAAAGCGAGACGAAAAGAGACUUUCAGAUCAAACAGAAUUAUUCUUUGGAAUUGGAUGA